AACUCUUUCAACUGUUGAACAAUCCCCCUUCUCUCUCUCUCUCUCUCUCUCUCUCUCUCUCUCUCUCUCUCUCUCUCUCUCUCUAUAUAUAUAUAUAUAUAUAUAUAUAUUUAUGUACUCUCAGCAUCUCCAUUCAUCUCCUCAUGUACACGUAUAAUAUUACUGUUUAUUCUUUGUGAGAGAGAGAGAGAUGGGCAUGUUAAUUACCAGUUGCUGUUGCAGGAUGAUGAUCAAUCAGCCCCCUCCAACUCCUUCCAAAUCGUCUUCUGCUCUUAUUCCCAUGUCUACUCAAGUUUCAUGUUGGAAGAAUAAUACGAAUGAAAAAUUGAAGAGGGGGAGAAGUCGGGAGAGCGAAUUGGGGAUGGCGUGCGCGUGCAUUGUAUUGAUUAUGGAAAUAAGCAGUGGGGGAGAGAGCAGAGGCCUUAAUCUUGGAAUUGCGAUGAUGAAUAUUGGCAGUGAUUUGCAGUGGCAAGGUGCGGGAGUAGGAGCACUCACGGCGGCGCUGGAUGAAUAUUCGUCAUCGAAUGAAGCGAAGGCAGCAGGGAAAUUACGGUGGAGCGAUAAGCGAAUGUGUCCGCCGUGGCGACUCAACUCAUUGGAGACCAUCGUGCCGGAGAACCUCCCCAGGCCUUCCUUCCGCCGUCGAUGGCAGGCCGUCGGCACAUCAUCAUACCCUCAUCAUCAUCAGAUGAUGAUGAUUGCCCCUGACGUCUUCAGUGAAUCUUUAAAUACAGUUUCCAAUGCCAACUCUUGCUUUUCCAUGUAAUAAUUUCUGCACUACAUAUAACGCGCGCGGGUGCCCACGCAUGUGCCUACAAAAUUUCAAACAAAAUCAAGUUUGGUACUCUUCUAAGGUUGAAUGAUAGAAUUAUGAUCAAA